AUGCCUAACAAACAAGCUUAUGAUUACACCACUACCGCACAAUCAGUGGAUCAAGAUGAUGAAAACAAAAAGGUGGAAACUUAUGAUACUCAGACGAAGAAAGUAAUACAGAGUCACAGCGAUCGUAUGCCAGAAGCCAGCUUGCCUGCACUGAUUGGUGUACCGAUAUCUAAGACAAAAGCUCUUCCAUUCCUGCCAGAAGAUUUUGACUGUCGCUCGAAAGCAGAUGGCUUCUAUUCAAUUGGAUGUAGAACGGAAUUCGUUGUUUGCGCCAAUCACCGGAUGUUCUUUUUUGAAUGUCCACACAAUUUAAUAUUCAAGGAAGAAGCACAAAUCUGUGAUUACGCAGAAAAUGUUGAAGAUUGUUCGAAGAUGACAGACAUUAAUGAGAAAGAAUCAAAACGUCUUGAAAUGGAGUCAGAAAUUUCAUUGGAAGAAGAAACUAAACGAGUAGAUAGCACAGCGAUUCGCGAUCAAGGACAGAUUAUGGAUCCAGCAAGCAAGAUAUGUAACAAACCGGAAAAUAUACCAGAAUGUAUGAACAAGGACGAUCGGACCUAA